UGCUCCGUAGAUGCUGCCUCACCCGCUGAGUUUCUCCAGCUUUUUUGUCUACCAAAGAAAUACAUGUGUAACUCAGCAGUGCAUGCGAGAAAGAGUUGAAUAGAACUGCGAGUGUUAGCAAACUUGUGCAAUGGGAGAGCAUGAAUGGACUGUUCUGUGCUGAAACCAAGUUUAAAUAUGAGCGUGCUGCUGACAAGGCUCGCACUAUUGCUGUCCUUGAUUGCCUCUGAAAAUGUGGUAAUAAAUCUUCACAAACCAAUAGGAGAUGCCAAUUCAGAGUAAAUCAAUGCAUAACUAAAUAUUCCCAGAGACUGCGUAGAUUGGAAUUAGAUUCCAAACUCAGGCAUUGUAAAAAGCAUUGACUGACAUUUAAACAUACGAACCUUAAACAGGCAAAUUCAGCAGCUCUUGGACAAAUGUACUAUUGACUUAGGAUGGAGAAAAAAAUGUCAGUUAGUUUCAUCUGAACUAAAACCUUGAUUUCUUGUUUGCAUUUUCAGCCUCAUCGUCACAGAUUCUGCAAUCAUUCCUUGAUAGAAAUAGAUCUCCACUCGCUCGUUCCUGGAAGAAAUUAGAAAUAAAGGAUCUGUAAAGUUGAGAGCAGAGGUUUUGAUGGAUGGAGGUGAAUGUGUCAGCAGCUGUGCAAACAGUGGACAAGAAUUCCUCACCGAUCAAUUUCCCCGAUUGUGAUUUAUUUUCCACUGGAACAAGAUCAGAUGCGAGUGCAUAACCUGCUUGGAAUGCACGUCUCUGUUAUUAUUUUUGGGCAAACUUUAUCCCAAUAAAAAUAGACUCCCACCUGCAAAAGGAAUCCUGCUCCACAUUUAUUGAUUGAAUAUUGUACAGCUUAAUAUUAAUGGUUUUGUCUAGACAAUUUGGUACAUACCAUCUCACUGAGUAGAUGAAAUAUAAAACAAAAAGACUUGGUAUGAAUGUCUCUAGUUGCUUCAGAUGUCAUACAGCUCAGGGCUUUGUGUUGGUUUGGGAAAUAAUUCAGCCAAUUUCCUUUGGACAAUAUUGGCAACCACCACCAAGGUAAAUUUUCAGUCGACUUGUCUUUUAACAUUCUUAACGUCACGUUGAAGUACCAAAACUGACAAGGGUUUGACUGGAUUGAAUGUUAUUCAUAGGAUAAUCCUUUUCACAAUGCACCACUCCAUAUAGCUCGCCAACAAGGUGACAUUUCCCAAGGAACACUCAUCAACAGUUCAGGCACUCUCUAUACUGCCCCCUCAGACAACUCACUCAGUCUAACAAUGCAAUGCUCAAUACUGUCCCUCUGUCAGUGCUGCAAUGCUUGUGACCUAUUCAUCGGAGUAUGAUAGUGUCUGUACUGCCAUUUGUCUUUCAGUUUUCCUUAAAAACUGCUUUUCCAAUAAUGCAACAAACAGCAUUGACACUCCAAGACUGUGACUGUCCCCAAGUUCUUGCUCUCUAUAACAAUGGUGUUCUGAAUGCUGCCCCCACCUCCUCAACAAUGCACAUGUUCCUCAGUUCUGCUUCAACAGAAGUGGGGCGCUCUCUCACUCAAUGCCCUGGCAGUGUGACACUGCCUCAGUGUUGCCUCUUCAGCAGUGCAGUGGUCCCUCUGCUUUGCCUGACAAUGUUGUGCUCUCUCAAUAAGACCCUUCUGAUAGUGUCGUGAUCCCACAUUACCCCCUCGCUAACAGUGCAUUGUCCUGAAGUAUCCGCUGAGCUUGCGAAUUAAUUGCUUCUCAUGAAUGUUAAUAAAGGGGAAAGCAGAUGGCAGGUUUAAACAGCAUCAAAGUAAAAAGAGAAAAAUCCUGUUUGGGAGUUAAGUCCUUUGCAAAAUCUCUCACAGAUGUCAUUGUACUCAGAUCAAGUGCCCUUCAAAAUAUUUGUCCAAAGAUCAUUUUCACAUUUUUUUGCAAAUUUAAUUUACACUGAAAUAAAAGGCUAUUAUACCAAGAACAAUACAACAGAUUGUGCAUUUCAUAAAUCUGUAGCUCCACAAGAAAUUUAUAAAUAGAAUAUUCUGCCCAUUUUAAUUUAAACUCAAAAAAAAUCUUUAUUCCUUCCCUGCCUCUUAACCUUAUUGAUUCAGUGUUUGCCUUCUCUACACAACAAUCGGUUUAGCAUUCAUAACAUUCCUGUUCCUUGCGGUCUUCUCCUCUGGGAAUUGCCUGCUAUUAUAGAGCACCCCGACAGAUGGGAUGUCCCUUGACUGUGAAUUGCUGUGAUGUCAGGGCAGUGCUGUGUAUAAUUGGAUAGAUGUGCAUUGGACCCUGUUUUGCACCGAUUCUCUCAGAACCAUCAGCUGCAUCACCAGCAAAUCUCAGUCCCAGUGGGAUUAAGGCUGUGCGUGCAUUUCAUCACUCUUGCUGCCUCUAUUAAGUACAGAGCCCCAGCGACAGAAUUUAAACGAAAAUUGGGGUACGACGACAGUCACAGCUUUCUGUCAGAGCAAACCAGUCUGAAAGAAUUUGAGAGAUUUGAUCAUGGAGGAAAAGAGGACUAUCGGACCCAAGCGCAACACACAGCUGCUGGUGGAAAUGUUGGUCUCGCAGAUACUUUGGCAACUUCUCCUUCACCUUGUCUGCCUGUGCCACGGUCAAAGGCCAGUCUUUGCCCAGCAACAGAGGUGGGAGUGGGUCACCAAUGAAGCCAUGUACAACUACUCCCCACUCUUGCCAGAUGGCACAGAAAUAACCAUCUUCCUCUUCAGAGACCUGCCUCAGAGGCAUUACUUCCAGGUGAAGGACAAGAGCCCUUUCUCCAUCAGAGUGAAUCCUUGCGACGCUGCCCUUGAGUGGAGAGUCAGUGUUCAAGAGUGGCCAACACACAGCACUUAUCGCUCUGAGAAGCCGGGGACACUUGAAUGGGAUCGGGUUACCACGAGAGACCUGUUCAGCUACAAGGGAAACACAGCGCAGACAUUCGUGCGGGCUUCAUCGCAUUCGGCCUUGCACAAUCUGGAGCUCCAAAACCAGGUGGAACUUUGGCCAGAUCUGCCAGUGGUGACCAUCUACUCUGGAGGUCAGGAGAUCCAUCUCACCAGAACCGAAGAUAUUCAACUCUAUGCCAGUCUUAGCCAUCCAGUCUCCAGGGAAGCAAAGAUAGAUGUCACACAACUCUGUGUCGGCAACAGAAAUAUCUAUUCAGUAUUGGACUUGCAACCCAACUCCCUUUACUACUUUGAUGUGUUUGUUGUUAAUGUCCUCGCCAACACUAGCUCUUCCUAUAUUGGCACCUUUGCAAACACAUUACAGUGGCCAGAUCCAUACAUUCUCGAUUUGAAGGAAGGAAUCAUGGCCCAGGUUUACAUCCAGAAGGACAGACAAAAUGGGUGCCUUGGCCCCGAGACGCGCAGCAUUUCAGAGAAUGUGGGCUGCAAGUAUUUUCACCACCUCAACGCUCAGCGUGCAGUAGCAGUGCAGAAGGUCACAGGGCUGAAGGCAAGGACCACCUACCUAUUCGAUAUCUAUGUGAUUGGGCACAAGGGUCAUGCCGUCAAAUACCAAAGUAAGGUGGUAAAAACAAGGAAGGCAUGUUAACUUCACCCAGCCUCAGGGUAAACACUAUUACAGGUGUCUGUCUAAGAAAAUAGAGGGAGCCAGCACCAUUCUGGCAAGUUGCAAUCAAUUAUGCAACCAACACUGCACCGCCAUGUUAUCAAAAACACCAUCGCUGUCUGCAAAUUAUAUUGUGGGACCCUCCCUGCACCUUUUGCCAAAUUCUACAGCUUCCUCCAAGUACACCUGUAACGUUUUCUGGAGUAAGUGUGCAUAGAGAACUUUCAUUAGUACACAAGAACAGGAAGAGAAACUCUUGUAUUUCUGUUGACCUUUCAUGAAGUGCUUCUGAAGUAACGGCACAGACAAAAUAGGAACAAUUCCAAUGGGCAGGAGGCUCUCCCCAGACAUUGUCACAUCUCCCAGCAUUACAUGAAACCCAGCUUGAGAUUACAUGAAGAAGGGUCCCAACCAGAAACGUCACCCAUUCAAUUUCUCCAGAGAUGCUGCCUGACCUACUGAACGUCUCCAGCACUUGGCGUCUCUCUUUGAGGUUGCAAGACUUUGAUGUCUGACUGAACUAACUUGUGUUACAUUUGUUUUUGCUGUCCUGAAAAGUUUGUGUGGUUGCCGGUGUAUAGAGUGGGAGUGUAUCAAACAGCAUUGAAUGAGAGUGAACCAGGGAUUUUAAAUGGAACCUUUUAAUUAGGUUUUGAGAAACCAUGGACUUUGUGCUUUUGAGGAAAACAUUUCAACCCAACUCUCACUCAAGCAGAGGGUUCAAUAAUUGAACAAAGGACCUUGCCUCAGAUGAGCAGCAGGGGCAGACCACUUUAGAAACCCACAUCGUGGAGAUUUAUCAAUUCUGUUCAAUUUUGCUUAGAACCAUACAUAGACAAAUAGGUUCAGGAGUAGACGAUUCGGCCCUUCGAGCCAGUACCUCCAUUCAAUAUGACCAUUGCUGAUCAUCUAAAAUCAGUACCCCAUUCCUGUUUUUACCCCAUAUCCCUUGAUUCCUUAAAAUUCAUGAAUGUUAGUAAGACUUGUAUUUCAAUCUAUGGUUAAAUCAUCAACUAUUUAUGCAUUUGUCUCGAUAUAACUUUUGCGAUUUAAUAAAAGUAAUCAAACAUUUAUAAAAACCAUUUCAGGAUUUGUGAACAAAUUCACUGCGGUGUCAUCACUUUUAAUAAAGGAAACACGCCUGUUAUUUUGAUCACAAGCAGAUUCGAAAAACAGUAAUUUUACACAAACACGCCAUUUGUUCUAACUAAUCCAUGCCUGGGAUUAUUAUUUUAUGCUCCAUCACCUUGCACCAUCUACACAUGCAAUGAUCUUGCUUCUGUGCAGUGUGCCUCAGCUACUCCAGCUUCCCCAUUGCACGAAAUAUGAAUACUUGUUUUCACACACAGUGAUGUCCCAGUCAGUUAUGUGAUAAAAGACAAGAAAAUCUUGGUGAUAGUGCUCGACUAUAGGGGCUGUCCCACUGCGGUGACCUAAUCUGCCAGUUUAGACACAUGGUCCGAGGAGGUCCAAUGAGGUCACUGGAACUCUCCUUCAUGCUCGAGGGAAGUUCCCGAAUACUCGCGGCCUCAGCUAGGUCGCGUUUUUUUUUCAGCAUGUUGAAAAAUUUUCCGCGAGUAAAAAUUGGUCGGCAUGGUUCUUUUGAACUCGCAGUGCAGUGGAGUGGAGUCGCUAUGUAGUUACGGGCAGCCGCUUUAAGUAUUUUGGUGCAGCGAUAAUUAAUUUUUCCUUUUAUAUGCAUUUCAAUAAAAUUCUACAGGCUGCUUUUCAACAGACUAGAAUGUUCCAAGACACUAAUAAGUCAAUACAGUUUCUCCCGAGGACAAAUUUCAUGGCUCCUACACAAGUCCAAUGGGAUUAAUCACAGUGAGCUGCAAACGUUUGGGAGAUUCCACCGAAUGACCCACUUCUCCAGUUUCCCCUGCUCUCCGACUAGAAAUACAUCUCCCCCUCCCAGGGGUUUGUGCCUGGAACUACAUGACCCAGUGCAGCACUGGUGAAGGAUACUGUACUUGCACUCCGGGGUGUGAGGGAACUAGACAGAAAAAGGCUAUUUAGCUUGCAGAUUGCUGCCAGACUUUAAGCUCUCUCCAAGCCUCGACACCUACUGCAAGAGUAACCCCUCUUCAGAAUCUUCACACAUUCUAGGAUCUAGGAGCUGAAAUUGGAAAAAUUGCAUGUUAUUCUCCCUACGCAGCUGAAGAUCUCACUGCAAGUGAAUUUAAAUGUCAAGUGUAACAAAUUAAACUGGUGUGAUUAAUAAUAGCUGGAGUGUGAAUAAUUACGCUGAAGUUGCAAUGGUAAGUGAUAAAGACAGCAAUCAAUUGUGGAAAAUAAAAUCUGUUUGAGUGUGACUGAGUGUACAUUCACACAGUUACAAACCCUACAGUUGGCAUGGACUAAUUCCCACUCAGUGAUUCGUCGCUUGGAACAGGUCUCCAAUCAAACUUGGAUUUACCAAGCUGCUGAGAAUUUGAAGCCAGUUUCUUGUAACUUGCUGUAAGGAAACUUUAGUUUCGUGAUACAGCGUGAACAGGCCCUUCAGCCCAGACUCCACUCCCACCAUUGAUCACCCAUUCACACUAGUCUGUUAUCCCACUUUCACAUCCAAUCCUUGGACACUUGGGGCAAUUUACAGAGGCCAAUUAACCUAUAAACCUGCACAUCUUUGGGAUAUAUGAGAAAACAAGAACACCCAUAGGAAAUCCAGUCACAGGGAGAACGGGCAAACUCCACACAGACAGCAGGCGAGGUCAGGAUUGAACCCAGGUCCCUGGUGCUGUGACGCAGCAGCAUUUGCGGAGAGAAUGGAUAGGCAACUUUUCAGGUCAGGAGCCUUCU